CCAUGUUUUCAUCAGUAGGGAGGCGAGGAAGCGAGCGUUCAGACCGUCUUGCUAUUAUUGUGUGAUUUACUGACUUACUUCUGGCUACUGGUAAACGUUAACUAAUAAUACAGGUGUUUCGCCGACUUAAUUCUCGCCUAGGUAACUUUUCAAGUGACGAUGGCCUUGUUACAGUGCUACAAUAAGGGAUGUGGACUGAAGUUCAACCCCGAGGAGAAUAAUGAUGAGGCCUGCCAGUACCACCCAGGGGCCCCAAUCUUCCACGAUGCAUAUAAAGGCUGGUCCUGCUGUAACAAGAGAAGUACAGACUUCACCACUUUCCUAAAUACCAAAGGAUGUGCAAAAGGGCAGCACAAUCCAGAGAAGCCAGUGGAGCAGGAGAAACCCAAGAUUGACCCAUCCACCAAGGACGAGGUCAUCACUGUGGAGGCGCGCAAGGAUGUACCUGCGCUCCCUAGACCUCCCUUCGAGACCCCCACAACCCGCCUUCCUGCCACAGUCUCCCAGUCGUUACGGCAGGCUUUAGAAAAGAAAGCAAAAGAAGAACUGAAAGCAGAGGAAGUGGAGGAGGAAGAGAUUGAGACAUCUGUUGAUGGUGUGAAGAUGGGCGAGAGUUGCAAAAAUAACGGUUGCAAGGGGGAGUAUGAAGGUGAGCAUAGCAACUUAGAAUUGUGCAAGUACCACCCUGGAGUUCCUGUAUUCCAUGAGGGCCUUAAGUAUUGGAGCUGUUGUAAAAAGAAGUCCACAGAUUUUUCUGAGUUCCUGGAACAGGUUGGCUGCACCACUGGCCACCACUGUUGGGUCAAAACAGUAAGUUAGCAUAUUGUCUCUCUUGCAAUUCAUUUCUGACCUAUUUUC